GAAAUUCACUGCUUGACUGAGGGACCUUACAGAUCAUUUUAUGUGUGGGGUAAUGAGGUAAUCAUUCAAAAAUCAUGUUAAACACUAUUGUUGCACAUAGUAGGUCCAUGCAACCUAUUAUGUGACUUGUUAAGCAAAUGUUUACUCCUGAACUUUAGGCUUGCCAUAACAAAGGAUUUUAAUACUUAUUGACUCAAGACAUUUCAGUUUUCGUUUAUAAUUGAUCUGCAAAAAUGUCUGAAUACAUAAUUCCACUUUGACAUUAUGGGGUAUUGUGCAUAGACCAUUGACCAAAAAAAAUUGUAAUUGAAUCCAUUGUAAAAGCAACAAAAUGUGGAAAAAGAGAAGGGGUGUGAAAUCAUUUCUGAAGGCAUUGUUUAAUAUAUGCUAAUCUAAUCCUAUUUAUUUGUAUUCUUUUGUAUAUUUUAUCUGUAAAUAGUUCAAUAAACUUUUCAAUUUGUACUAUCAACUUAUUUUUUGUUCCAGACAAAUACCAUCAAGACUUCCAGUGGUGUCAGGUUACAUACUGACAGCUGCUGGUCCACUGUCUUGUCAGUUCACCUCCGCUUAUAAGAGGAUGUAGUUCGACAUUGCAACCCUGAGGGAUUGGUGGAGGAGGAACUCCACUUUACACGACUACAGGAUAUGAUUCGAGAUUGGUCGCAGAGUUACAAAGCAAUCAUAGAGACUGAAACACACAGGAGGACCUCAGAAGAGGAUUCUGAGCCCCAGGAGGACCACAGUGCUGAGAGUGAUGAUUCUGACAGCGGGGGGUCAGAGGAUGGAGGGAGCGAUGGAGAGGGGUCAGAGGAUGGAGGAAGUGAUGACGGAGAAGAGGAUGGAGAGAGUGAUGGGGAGCAGGUUAAGUAUGGAGGGAGCGAAGGAGAGAAAGAAGAGGGUGAAGGCAACAGAGAAGCAGAUGAUGUAGACACCAACCCCAAUGCUGGAUGGGCGGAGGCCAUGGCCAAGAUUCUGCAGAAGAAAACGCCAGCGAGCAAACCCAGCAUCCUGCUGAAGAACAAAGAGCUGGACAAGAUGAAGGAGAAGGAGAAGAAGGAGAGUCUGGAGAGGAAGAAACAGACUGAUAAAAAGCGAGCUUGGGAGAUGAUGUGUCGAGAGAAACCAGAUGUUGUAAAAGACAGAGAGAAUGAGAGGAACCUGCAGAGAGUUGCUACCAGGGGGGUAGUACAGCUGUUCAACGCUGUGAGGAAGCACCAGAAAACGGUGGAUGAGAAGGUGAAGGAGGCGGGCGGCUCGGAGAGGAAGAAGGCCAAGCUCCUCUCCUCUGUCUCCAAAAAAGACUUCAUCAACGUGCUGCGUGGCACAGGGGGAGGCGGCGAGGUUGUCACCAAGACAGAGAGACAGAUGACUGGCAGGGAGGCAGAAGAGAAACCAGCCUGGAGCGUGCUGAGAGACGACUUUAUGAUGGGAGCCUCCAUGAAGGACUGGGACAAGGAGAGCGACGAGGAGGGGGGCGAGCAGGAGGCACCAGAGGGUGUGGAGGACGACAACAGCGAGUCGGACUGAGCAGACUGGCCCAUCUAAGUGUGUGUAUGACUGAGCACGCCCAGGACUGUGUGUGUACACAAGACCGUGCCUUUUGAGUCCACUGUGAGGAAUGGAGCUGAAGGGUCCUGCAUCGCUGAGAUCAGCUCAACCCAGCCUCCCUCUCCUCUUCCCCCAGAGGCAGCUCUACCAGGCCCAAAGACCCCUCUUUUGAAUUUUCUAUAUGGAACAAGGAGCUGAAGAAAGACUGCGGUCCAGGUCCUGUUCUGGCCCACAAUGCUUUGGGUCAGGAUACCUAGUUUGUGUAAUGCUGGUGCUCUCUGGCUUGUCAAGGUCCCACUGAACAUUUUUCCAUCUGAACUCUGCUGUGUAUAUAGACCCUUUCCCCCCCUAACAGUUGCAUGUCCCUCAAUAAAAAGCCAGUUGAUAAACAUU